UCGUAAACCCUAAUCACUCUGUUCUUCAGCAUCUUCUUCCAUUGUUCGUGUCGUGGCGGUUGAUUUCUACAGAACUUUCUCUGAUAGACUUGAAAAUUUCGUUGUGCAUUUGAAUCAGAAACUAUGGCCGAGGAAGGGGAAUUGAUGAGAGGUACGAAGAGGAGUAAAAAGAUUGGUUCUAGGAACAAGAAAAGACCGAGGAUGAUGGGUGGAAGUGGAAACAAAGUUAAGAUUGAUAGGAAAAUGCAGAAACUUUUUCGAAAACGAGCGCGUGAGUAUAAUUCAGAUGAUGAAGAUGAUGACACGAAGACUGCAGCGGCUCCAGCGGUUGGAGAUGAGAGCAAAGUUUCAGAGCACAAUCGCGAGGAGGUUGUAGAUGAAGAGAUUUCUGAGGGUGAAGAAGAGGAAGGGAACGAUGUGAAUUCGGAUGCGGGGCUUUCCGAAGACGAUGAGAGUGGUGUAAUGCAACCGGGUAUAACUAAGUUUAUUGAAGGUUGUAGAGCAUUCAGAGCUGCUUUCAGGAGUAUUCUUAAGAAGAGCAUAUCUGAUGAAACUCUGGGUCCUAUAUUAUCAGCAAACAAGAAGCUUGUUGCUGAAAAGCUUGCAGAAGAGGAAGCUGAGCGGAAGGUCAAAGGAGAGGCCAAGAAGGAGAAACAAUUGAUGGCAGAAAAAGGGCAUGUGAAGCCUGCUACUUACUUGGAUUCUCAUGAGAAGUUCCUUAUUGGCGUUGCUACAAAAGGAGUCGUCAAGUUGUUUAAUGCUGUCAACAAGGCACAACAUGCCCAGAAGGGUUUGAAUCCUUCCAGAGCUAAAGAUGCUAAAGCUAUAAGUAAGCGCAGGAAAGAAGCCUUCUUUUCUGAGUUGGGCAAGCCAACUUUGUCAUCAACAAACCGUAAUGCGAAGGGGAACACAUCAGGUGAUGCAGCGGAAGCUGAAGGGCCUGCCUGGGCUCCGUUACGUGAUAAUUAUAUGCUGACCAAUUCCAAGCUAAAAGAUUGGGAUAAGAUGCCAGAUAAUAUGACUAAAGCUGAGGACAACGGGAGAAUGUUGGGUGACAGUAGUUCAGACGACGAUGAUUGAUUGGUUUCAUAAAUCUUAUAGUUUUCAGUUAGCCGAUCGUUCACAAAGCUGGGUUCGAUUUUGGCUUCGUAGUGUUGAUACAAAAAGAUGGCCUAAGCGUUUUUGGUCACGUGUUGGUGAACUCACCUUGGAUGCCUCAGCUAUAUCUUGUUAUUGAGCCCACAAAAAAUUCCCUCUAUAUAUUUGUCCAAUUUUUGUUCUGAUCUCCAGUGAGAUUCAAGUGUAAAAGGUCACCCAUUUGCUCUGAGUUUAUAUGAUUUUUGAGCAAAGUGGUUGAAGAUGAAAAUUUUGGUCUCAAUUUGUAUGGAUUGCACAAGUAGUUAAGAGAGAAAUGUAUUGGUGCUAAUUUACUUAUUGAAAUUUAUUAAAUCUA